CCCUCAUUGCGACCCAUCGACGGCUGUAGGUGAAUCUGCGCUAGAUCGAUUAAGUCGCACGUUCCCUGUCUGUUUUCAUGUCCUCAGUCUUCUGCACGCAUCGCCCGCGCCUCCUUUUCCUGUCUCUACUGCUGGUUCGACGUCCCACCUCCAUUCCAGCCUGUCCAGCGGAGUCCUUCCCCUUCACCUCGCGACAGCGCGACAGCGCGACAGCGCAUGAUGACAGGCUCACCCCGGGCUGGUGGUCGACCUCCACCAAAUCCCUUCAUGCAGAGCCUUCACUCUUCUGCUCGAGUGAUGCCUAGCCGCAAAAGACCGAAAACCCUCAACACUAGCAUCCCCAGCAACCCUCGGACUUCUGUUCCCGGCCAGGCUUCUCAACCUUUCUCUUCAGACAGACCAGGUGAAAGUGAUGAUCUCGGAGCCACCGCCGUGCUCUACAACUUGACUUUGAUGCCAUCAGCACCUCCACCUCGAAUUCGCACCGAAGAAAACAGCCCCCCUCCGGAGCUCUCCUCUAUUGUUGAGUCUAUCGGACGUCCCCGUUCUCCUAGCCAACCACCUCGAACUUCCAACGAAGGAGAGGCUUCCGUAAAGAAAGCUAUGCAGGGGGAAAAGGAAGAACAAAAAGAGACCGCCGCCAAGGCAAGAGUCGCUAGUGGGGAAGGAAAGACAAGAGCAAAGCGAAAGAGAGCCAGUUCGGAUGGAAGUGAUUUUGAAAAGUACAUCCAAGGCAAAAUCGAUCGUGCCAAUAACCCUCCCACUUUCAUCGGACCUAUGAAGUAUCCGGGUAAGCCGCUUCCUGCAACACUCGCCGACGCAGGUGAAUGGGACAAAAUGCUCUGGACGUGGAAACUCAACGGUGUGGCGCAUCAGGAUGUUGAAAAGGAAUGGGAGCGGUUGACGGGAGAAGCGCUGAGUAGGAAUAACUUGCUGGUUCGGUUUUGCAGGCUGAAGGAGCAAUUUGCCGUGAGCGGAGAACUCGAGUUCCCAGACUACUGGCUCAAGCGAUGGCCCAAUGAUAUGAAAUACAAGAUCAUCUCUGACCGAAAGAAAGAGGAGAAGAGAAAUGAGAUGAGGUUGAUCGACGCCAGGACUAGGGCAAUGAAAGCGAUCGAACCCCUGUUGUGGGAAGCCGUCCGGAGAAUCUACAAAGAGGAGCACGGAGAGAAAGUUUCCUGCCAAAUAUUGAAGGCACGAUGGGAAAAGAUCGCAAAGAAAGUCGAGUCGAAUGAUCCCAAGGUCGCAGAUGACCAUAAGAAGGCGCAGGGAGAGGCGGAAGACAGACAGAUGGUGAACAAUGAAGAAGAGGCGUGGGAAAGGCAGGGUGAUGUGGAUGGUGGCGGUGAAUUUGAGAUGGCGUAUGAAGAGCAGCCAGCUCGCGAGAAGGGGUGAACAACGACGACAGCGUGUUGCCAAUGUGACCGUCGAAUUGGGCGUGGAUGAGGCUGUGAUGGACCAGACAAAGAUCCAGUAGACUCGAAACGGAGACUGCACCGGCAGUAUGGUCAGCACAAGCAGUUGUGUAUGUAGAGUGCAUGAAUACGAAAGAGGAAUCUGGCACAUCUGCGGAAGAUCCUGGACGAAACCGC